UGACAUCCUUUAAUUUGAGCUCUGCCGCCGUCGGGUCCACGCUCUCGCAAGCGGGAUCUUCUCGUCACCAAAAACCCACCUGGGGAGAAGGAGAUCCGCUCGGAUUUUACACACCUUUGGCGCAAAAACCGAUCUGAGAUCUGGAUUUUUAACUCUGAAAAAAAUCUACUCGAGGUUUUUAUUUUUCGAUUUUAUUUUCUGUUCAGAACACCCAAGGAAGAAGUAAAAUGGGAGCCCAGUUGUCCAAGGGUGGGGUAGCUGUUGAGGGCAAAGCCGCCGCCGACCCUGCUGCCGCCAAAGCCAACGGCCAGGAGAACGGCCACGUCAAAACCAACGGCGAGGUGUCGGCCAAGCCCGACGGGGAGGCGGCUGCUGCCGACGGCAACGGAACGGCCGAGCCGGCCAAGGAGGGCGAGGGCGGCGCCGGGGACGCCAUCGAGCCGGCCCCCGCCGCCGAGGGCGAGCCCGCCAAGGCGGACGGCGAGCCCGCCAAGGACGGCAAGAAGAAGAAGAAGUUCUCCCUCAAGAACUCCUUCAAGUUCAAGGGCAUCUCCCUGAAGAAGAGCAAGAAGAGCAGCGAGGAGGGCAAGGAGGAGGCGGCCCCCCCCACGGCCGAGGACAAGCCGGAGGAGAACGGCCACGCGGCGAAGGAGGCCAAAGAGGAGACGCCGGCCGCCGAGGCCAAGGAGGGCGAAGACGCCGCCGCCGCCGCCGCUGCGCCCGAGGAGGAGACCAAGGCCCCGGAGGAGGCCCCAACAGAGGCCUCCGCGGCCGAGGAGGCCGCCCCCGCCCCCGCCCCCACCCCCGCCGAGGACACGACACCCGCGGCCUCCGAGGGCGAGGCCAAGGCAGAGUGACCGCUCUGCCGCCGCACCUGAACUCAUUUUCCAAGAUUAAAGUAUAUAAAUAUAUAUAUGAAAGACUCGCGCCACGUUCUUAAAGUUCUAGACAAACCUACAAAAGAAGACAAAGGAUCUAUCACGUUUGCUGAUUCAGCCACCAGUUCACUGCCUUUAAGUUCUUCGACAGACGGAAUCUCACCGGGCCCCCUCGCGACGGCAGCGCAGGCAUGUGUCGCCCCCUCGUGGUACACACAAGGACUGGCGUGUGUAGGAAGGUAUCGGAUUGGACGUGGAGCGAAUCAGGAAUACUGACUUAUUUUCCCAAUUCACGGAGAAGCAUCCUUUUUAACAGCGUGGCAGCCCUAUAACAUUUUGUUUUUCUUUCUCAUCUUUUUUUGGGAUCUAAAAAUUGUCACCAUUGUGGAGCGCGGGGACAACCCCUCUCCUUCACUCAAGAUGACUGUUACAUGGACACAAAUCUUUCAAAUGAUCGUAUUAAUUUUUUGAAUUCUACAUUCCUAUGUUUUACCCCUAAAUUUCCAGUAUUUUGUCAUGUAUAGAAAAGUGAAAAUCGAGGAGGGGAGGCUGAAAAUGAACUGUCUUUGUUCGUGCAUUUUAAUUUUCUGGCUAAGACCACAUUCUGAGCUUCUUGAGUAUUGCAGUGUUCACAUUUGACAGUUAAGGCGCAUGGGUUGGAAAUGUGUACAAAAAAAUGUGAGCCUUUUAUCUGCAAAUUGUCUCUGUAAAUAUGUUUUGGCCAAUAUUUCUGGUUCUUUUUUUUGCUAUUGUUUAAAGAUGUUAAUGGUUUUAUUGUAACUUUUAACAAGGGUAAAUAAAUGUUUGAUCCCCUC